CGUACCUCCCCGUUCCCUUGAUGCAAAGUGGUUGUGCCCUAAGGUCCGCCUCCAGGCCACGUGGGCGCUGCGGACCACGCUUUCCGCUCCUUGGGGAGAGGUUUCCGCUGUGGGAGCUGAGCUUCCGGGCUGCGCGGCGGAGCCGGAGUCUUCGCUGCCGGGUUACGGCUCAGUGGUCGCGUCUCCGCCCCCUAUCCACCAGGUCCGCUGCGUUCUCAGCCCGGCCCUAGGCGCCAUGGCUUCCCGCGGGAGGAAGCGGAAGGCUGAGGCCGCGGUGGUCGCCACGACCGAGAAGCGAGAGAAGCUGGCGAACGGCGGGGAGGGAGUGGAGGAGGCGACCAUUGUUAUUGAGCAUUGCACUAGCUGACGCGUUUAUGGGCGCAACGCCGCGGCCCUGAGCCAGGCGCUGCGCCUGGAAGCCCCAGAACUUCCAGUAAAGGUGAACCCAGCCAAGCCCCGGAGGGGCAGCUUCGAGGUGACGCUGUUGCGCCCGGACGGCAGCAGUGCGGAGCUCUGGACUGGGAUUAAGAAGGGGCCCCCGCGCAAACUCAAAUUCCCUGAGCCUCAAGAGGUGGUCGAAGAGUUGAAGAAGUACCUGUCGUAGUGAGAUUUGGGUAGAAGUCCUCAUGCUGAGCUUUAUGUCCCUGGUGAUGUUGGAACAUUAAUGAUGGAACAUGGCCAAACUUCAGUCAUGUGCCUGAAGCCAUGGUUUCUUCCCCGCCAGAAAUGAAGGUUCAGUUGUGAGACAGCCCUCUAGUAAGGCAUUGCUAAAGUUACUGGAUUUGGUUGAAUAAAAGUUGAAAUAAAGUA